GUGCAAUUCGACGAUGCCUGGGGCUGGUCGCUGACCUGCAUCCCACGCAUUUGCCAUGUCCGGCCGCCGGAGAAAGCCCAGCGACGCUCCAACGCCGCCUCCACCAGCGCAGUUUCCCACAGACAGCUACUCCCAGUUGUCCCACCAGGCGCCAGCCGCGACUGCUCCAAGCUCAUCCGCGGCGGAGGUCUCGGAGCAGAGGGGACAGCAAAGUCGAGCCGAUGCAGGAGCACAAUCCACAGCCGCUCUGGGCCUCAAAAGGCUGCGAUCGAUCGAUGCGAUCCGCAGUUCAAGCGAUCUGGUCCGGCAGAUGAUCCAGACGGACUUUUGGAGGGAUUUCAAGACCUUUAUUGUCCAGACUCGAGUUUUGGAGACGGGAGUUGGUGUCAUUAUCGGGAGGGCAUUCCAGGACAUGGUUAGGAGCUUCGUGAACGAUGUCAUGGUGCCACCGCUGACGCUGUAUCUGUUUGGCGACAAUAUCAUCAACUUCUUUAUUUUGCUCAAGUUGGGCAAGUCCGGACGCAUCCCUCGGACACUGGACGAGGCACAGACCGACGGAGCUACCACGAUCCGGAUCGGCAAGUUUGUCCGCCAGCUUAUCAACUUCCUGACGGUCGGGAUUGCCGUGUACUGGCUCCUUGGAUCCCUCAAGCGGUUUUUCCAGUGGAAGCUCGAUCUGCAACAGACAAAGCGAUGCACAUUCUGUCAGAUGGAUAUACAUCACAGAGCCGUGAGAUGCCCGCACUGCACAUCGCAUUUGGCUACCGACGAAGCCUUGUCGGAAUCUACACCGAUCACCGUCGAGAAGCCGUAGAUAGCUGACUCUGGGGUGGGGCCAGAGUGAAUUGCAGUCAGUCCAGAAAGAAACGUGAUUGUUCCCCUCUGGCAUCAGCGGCACAUCACUGAAUGGUCAUGGCCAGCGCACGAUGUUUUGAAUCAGGACAUUCACCAAUGCUCAUACGGCCAUUGAUAGAAAAUACGCGCGCUGC